CUUUGAACAUCGUUAUGUUGACCCUCGUCCGGAGCUUGGAACAAGCACUCUGACAUUAAGAUAGAAAAGGAACAUGCGCGCUUUGCAAGUCAAGCAUGUCGCGGAGAAGCUACGCCGUGACCACCUAGCGCUAUUGGAGAACGAAGGUGCUCUUCCCUUCCCUAACAAGACUGCGGACGCAAAAGUAGCAUCUCGCGGUAUUCUGGACGAUAUUACCCCGCGGCACGGUCGCGACAAUCUGACCACUUUAGCGGCAUUAGGCUGGGACGCGGAAAAUAAACACGUGGACGAGGAUAAGGAUCUACAUGACGAUGCUGCGGCAGCCGGGAUUCAUUUUUGGGAUCGGGCGACCAGCCUGCUUCCCCUCACUGCUGACGUGGGUCUGCGAUUGGCGCGCAUUCAGAGGCAGUGCUUACGCGCGAACUGGCACGAUUCAAGUAACAACCGGUCGGAAGUAGAAUCCAGGACGACGUCAAGGCGCGGCGCAUCGACGACGGCGACGAAAUCGGUGCCGGCCCUGGGACAGGCGGUUGACCGCGCUUUUGCCACAGCCACCGCCGGCUCGACAACAUUGUACCCGCUGCUGCAGGAACAACUACCAGAGGAACUACAUUCUGGCAGUAUCUUUACGAAGACCAGAUCUACUUCUUACUACCCGACAGCCAAAGACACGCCCUCUCCGGUCCGAGUAAAUAAGUUGCUCGGCGCGACAACGAAAAACUCCGUUGAUGUGCUGCCUUUACCCAGUGGAGCACGACCAGUGCUUGCACAAUUGCAGAAGAACAACGAGGAGCUCCUUGUCGCCGAACUGGCGAACGUGGUGGCGCAAAUUUCAUUGCAGUUUGGGAACUGCUUGCAAGACUGCGAGCGGGAAUGUGUCGAGCGGGGUAGUUUGUUGCGCAAGUUGCUGCGAACGUUCUCGGAGUUGUUCGCGAACCUGGUGCGGGAGCGGAAACAGGAAGAAGAACUACACCUGGAGAAGCAGGCGGAAUUGCAGAACGAACUGACCGACAUCACGAAGUUCAUCGAGGUACAGGAGGCGAAAAACCCCAUCGAAAAAAUUCAGUUCGUGCUGAAGGGAAAACUGCAGGAUCGAGUCGACCGCAAACACGCGGAGAUUGCGGAGGUCAAGGCAAAGCGAACGCAAAUCGAGAACGCCACCGCGGAUUUGGAAUACGGACUGGAGCUGCUGUUGCCGCACUUCGCGAGCUACAUGGAUUUCGGAGAGGAAGUGUUCAACACGGAGCAGUUUCCGGAUUCUUCGGACGAGGAUGACGGAGAGGAUGAUCGCUCUGACGAUGAAAACUCAUCUGCGAAAAAUUCUUCCGGCCACGGUAGCCGGAAUUCCGAUACUAGCGAGAGCAGUGCGGAAAAGCGAACGGUAAAGGCGACCGGGAAAACCAAGGGUGCGGAGGUGGACCCCGACACAGGAGGGGAAACUCGGUCCGUGACAAGCGCACGCGGUACGUCGUCGGUGACUUUCAGCCGGUCUUCCAUUGCGCGCGGGCGCAACCGACCAAGCGGCAAUUUGAAGAACAAGGCAAGUGCUCCCACCAGCGCGGGCGGAGGUGCGAGUAGUCCUAACAAUGGGUCGUUUUUUCCGCCGCCCGGACGGGUGUCCACCGGACGGCGCACCGCGACGAAUGUGUCGGUGCAGCAGAUUCGUCAGUCGACGCUGAAACGGCAAGACACAGCCAACCUCACGUUGAGUACAGCAGCGCAAGUGAAUACAGGGACGAGCCGGAAGCCGUCAGUUCCACCACGACGUGGUGAUCGACGGACGGAGUCUUCUUUGGAUGAAACAAGUCAGUACAUCAAUCGUGCUGAACACCAAAUAGCAAUCGCGCUUGCCAACGAUAUCGUGCGAAUCAGCGAGUGCUGGGCGCGACGGCUACACGGAAGAAAAAGCCGAUCGCUGGUGCACGGGGAUCCCACGUGUUCAAGAAGUACGACUGCGAAAGCCGCAAAAACGUCGAAAGCCACCUUACAGGAUCGAAUCGAGAAGUACCUUCGCCGGAAAAUGAAAGCUUCUAGAAGUACCGCUAUAACUGCAGCUCUCGUCGCUGCGAACAAGCUGGACGCCGAAACGACGCGUAAAAAUAGGCAACUUUCAGAGAGUAAGGAGCCUAGUUGUAAAAGUACAGCGAACGUGUUGAUCCAGGAAGAAAGCGAGGAUCAAAACGCGGAGGCUCUUGUUCUAGGAGACAACACCGCUUCGCUCCCUGAUAUUACAGAUGUCUGCGCUGCCGCGCCUGGCAACAGGGAGUCCGGAAAGGCUGAAGAGGAGGUUUCUGAUCUGCAUUCCUCUGCUGGAGGACGAGAUUUGGAUUUUCGGAACUCACGCACAAGUCAUGGCGAAAGUCGAGACAGCAAGGCAAGCGGUAUCAUUGACGAGAGUAGUUUGAAGGACAAUCGAAACAGCAGGGCCUCCGCGUCCUCCUUGGAGUCAGAACUGGAGGACUUGCUGGGCUAGUAGAUGAAAGAAGAAAAAUUGAAAUUUUUAAUUUUAUUUGCCUCUAGUACCCUUCUGAAAAAAAAUACAUAGAAACAAGUUUUCGUUUUUACUUCACUAAAUUCGUCCGUCGUGAUGUCCAUGGACGAACGCAGCCUGCAAAAGGAAGACGCAUACUUACCGGUUUCUAAUACAUACUAUUUAUAUAAAUAUAAUAUGGUUUUAUGGUCGGUGAACCGGUACCCCUGUCCGCCAUAAAAAUUCUAUGACACGACAAACAAGCGAGC